CUCUUUCUCUCUUAUAGCAGGUAUAAAACCUCACGUUUCAGCCUCCCUUCCCGCUUUCUUUCUGAUCAGACACUUAUCUUUCUCUCUCUCCGUGAUGGCUUCCAAUACCAGCAACUGCAACGCCAUCAUGCACUUACCAACCUAUGCAUCCGACCCAACCUCACCCAACACCACCUUUGUCCAAGCCGAUCCUUCAAAUUUCCGGGCUGUGGUUCAGAAACUAACCGGAGCCCCUGACGACCCUUCUGCUCUAAAGCUCCCUCUCACCCUCAAACCUGCACACCACCACACCACCCCUAAACCCACCAACACAACCGCCGCCGCAGCCGCCACCGAGAUGGGUCCCAGAAAACCCACCUUCAAGCUCCAUGAGCGCCGGCACGCCACCAAAAAGCUUGAACUCAACAUCGAACACGCUGCCACCUUCAACAAGCACUGCAUGGCCAAGCCCAGCUUCAACUCCGGACCGUCAUCGGCACCAUCGGCUUCUUCUUCUGGGUCUCACGUAAGGCAAAUGAUCUUCUCCCCAGUGUCUCCUUUGGAGUUAUACGGUCGUGGCAGCCCGAGGACGCCGCGUGAGAUGGAGGAGGAAGAAGAGAGGGCCAUUGCCGAAAAAGGUUUCUAUUUGCACCCGAGUCCACUCAGUACUCCAAGAGGGUCUGACCCUCCUGAGCUUCUGCCUUUGUUCCCCCUGCAUUCUCCUAGAGAUCUGAUUCACAAUCCGCAUUCUCAUUAAUAAUUUUGUAUCAAAGUAAUUAUAGUUUUAUGGAUUUAAUUUUCUAAUAUCAAUUGAAAUAUAUGUUU